AUGGUUCUGCACAACCCCAACAACUGGCACUGGGUGAACAAGGAUGCGUCUGCCUGGGCAAAAGAAUGGUUCGAGGAAAACUUGACCAAGCUUGAGACCGAAAAUGGAGACGUCAAGGCCAGAGUUACCAAGGUCCAGAGCAUGAGUGGUGACGUUGACGUCAGCCAACGCAAGGGGAAAGUCAUCACCAUCUUUGAUGUUAAGCUAGUGCUGGAGUAUUCUGGGUCCACUGCCGAGAUCGACGAGGUCUCUGGUAACAUUACUGUUCCCGAGAUUGCCCACGAUACGGAAGAGGACGAGUACGUGUUUGAGAUUGACAUCUUCUCAGAGUCAAAGGAGAAGCAGCCCGUCAAGGAUCUCGUGCGGUCAAAGCUCGUUCCUCAGCUCCGAAAAGAGUUUCAGAAACUUGCUGGUGCCUUGAUCACUGAGCAUGGAAAGGAUAUCCAGCAUGCCCCCGGCUCCAAUCCUUCCAGCGGCUUCUCUACCCCGCGAACCCUCCCCCAGGCUGCACCAAAGGCUGCAGCUCAACCCACAACUUCUCAAACCAGCAGCUCGGGCGUCGUCAACACGGUGACAGUGCGUGACGACCAAGAGUUCCGUACUACUGCCGAGGAGCUGUAUCAGACCUUUGUCGACCCUCAGCGAUUGGCUGCCUUCACUCGGGCGCCGCCAAAGGUGUUUGAGGGAGCAAAGGCAGGAGGCAAGUUUGAGCUCUUUGACGGCAACGUCUGCGGAGAAUACCUUGAGCUGGAAAAGCCCAAGAAGAUUGUUCAGGCCUGGAGAUUGAACCAAUGGCCAGCCGGCCACUACUCGAAGCUCAACAUUGAGUUUGACCAGAACGACAUCGACCACGUUACCGUCAUGCGCGUCACCUGGGAGGGUGUUCCUGUCGGCCAGGAAGACGUGACUAGGCGUAACUGGGGCGAGUAUUACGUGCGAAGCAUCAAGCAGACCUUUGGGUAA